CCAAUAGCGGAUUAACUAAACUUUCAUGUCAUUGGUCGAAAGUGAUUCACCUUUACCCCGCACUAAUAUGUCGAGUGACAGUGGAACGAUAACACAAACUUCGUUGGUAAAUUGUUUAUUGAGAUAUGUAGUGUAGAAAUAGUAGUAUUUUUAAGAGAAAUCUAUUAAAAAAUUCGAAGAGAGAUGAAAUUAUCGUCGACCAAAUACAUAAUACUCAAAUCGCAGCUCGGACGGUGGCAAGGAACGCCGGUUUCUGCAAUAUUAUGUCGCCAAACAAGAUACGGUAUUGUUACGGCUAUUCGGCGCUUGCGACGUUAACGUUAACCAGUUGCGUCUGGGAAUGCUUGUAGAAGCGCUCGAGGAUUUAAAGGAUAGCUCGUUGAAGAUACGUGUAAUCGACAUCGCAGGAUCCAAGACCUGGUGCGGCACAGAAUGGCGUUGCCACAAAUACGAUCUAAUACCAGUAUCACACAAGAUAUGGCAGUAUCUGCUUGCUGUACAAUCCCCACAGGAGAGAGUCCAAUUGGCAAGCGACGAAACACUGUGCGAACAAAUAAGGAGUAUAUCCGUGAAAGACAAAGUCUGGUACUGCUGCGAUCCUAAUAAACAUUCUAAGGAAGUAGCAUUUGUGAAAUAUAUCGGACCUGUACCAGAACUAGGACUAGGACAUUACUUUGGUCUCGAACUGCUGGAAAGUCAAGAUUCAUCUAAAACAUUUUUAUUGACUAAAGAGUACUUUAUUUGUACACAUUGGAAUGCAAUAUUUGCUACUGUAAACCACAUAUAUCCCUAUAAAGAAACUGAUACAAUCUCCAACAACAUUGAGAAAACUUUGUUCUUGAAGAGUAGCACAGGGACUGAUAAUGAUAAAAAGAAAUCUGUGCUCGACAGUACCCCAGCUAUUCUGUUAGAACAGUUUAUUACGUUCGACGACAAUAAGAACAACAAUCGUGAAUCUGUCAACAUGUUGAAGGAACGUCAAAAGAUUGCAAAAUCAACUCUCGAGAAUGACAUCAAUAACUUUGCUAAAAAUCCCGAUCACGCUCUCUUUAAAUCUGGUAAUGCGCUAGAGAAAAAUGAAAUUAAGAAAUUCAGCAAGAUAGAAAAUAAGGAAGACUUAAUGGUUGGUUCCAAUGUGAAAGUAUUACUGGAUUCUGAUGUUCAUUACGGAGUUAUCCGAUGGAUUGGUACACCACCUGGUAUCAGUCCUGGCAAAUUAAUGGCAGCUGUAGAAUUGGAUGAUGGACAUCCUUUAGGUACUGAUGGAACUUACAAGGACAUCAGAUAUUUUCAUUGCAGGCCUUAUAAAGCUAUAUUCACAGAUAUUGAACAUUGUUCUCAUUACGAAAAUACGAAGCUUGACGAACAACUUGCACUUACAAAUAACGAUAACUUUGGUAAUAUGGAAAGUUCCGUAAUCGCGGGUAUAGUGAGGCCUAUUUCCGUUAAAGGAGACUUGGAAAGUAUAUGCGGCAAAUAUCGUGGUAUUCAAGGCCAUCAUAAUUCAUGCUACCUAGAUGCUACUCUCUUUAGCAUGUUUACAUUUACAAGUGUAUUCGACAAUCUUCUAUUUCGACCGCCGAAUGAAAAGGAUUGUCCACAGUAUGAAGAAGUGCAGAGAGUUUUACGAGAAGAAAUUGUGAACCCGCUCAGGAAAAAUAUGUUUGUCAGAGCAGAUCGUGUAAUGAAGCUCAGGACUUUGCUCGAAAAAUUGUCGUCAGUAUCCGGCUUGACUAGCGAGGAAAAAGACCCAGAAGAAUUUUUAACGUCACUGGUUGCUCAAAUUUUGAAUGCCGAACCAUUCCUCAAAUUGAGCUCCGGACAGGACGCAUAUCACUAUCAAUUGUUCGUCGAAAAGGAUGAUCAUCUAAAUCUGCCGACUGUCCAGCAAUUAUUGGAACAGAGUUUCCUAACCAGUAAUAUUAGAUUGAAGGAAGUUCCUUCGUGUCUCAUUAUACAGAUGCCCCGUUUUGGCAAAUCGUUUAAAAUGUAUCAAAAAAUACAGCCUACUUUAUUGCUCGACGUAACGGAUAUUAUUGAAGACUCCCCUAGACAGUGCACAGUUUGUGGGAAAUUAGCAGAAUUUGAGUGCAAAGAAUGCUAUGAACAAUGCGGUGUUGGUCUCGAAAGUAUAGCAUUUUGCUUGCAUUGUCUUGAAAAGGUACAUUGUCAUGAACGAAGAACGAAUCACGAGCCAAAGAAACUGGUUGUGCCUGUGGAAUUUGCAAUUUUGCAAGAACAUUGUCCUGUACCACGUUUGUAUCUAGAACUCUCUGCAGUGGUAUGCAUUGAAACCUCGCAUUAUGUUUCUUUUGUAAAAUGUGGUCCUGGCUCAGAGGCACCAUGGUGUUUCUUUGAUUCCAUGGCUGAUAGAAAAGGAGAACAAAAUGGAUACAAUAUACCAGAAAUGGUGCCAUGUCCAGAUUUUCCCUAUUGGUUAAGUGAAGAAGGAGGAAAUUACUUGACUAAGUUAACAGACGAUCGACACUUACCAGAACAUGCAAAACGUCUAUUAUGCGAUGCAUAUAUGUGCAUGUAUCAAUCUCCUGAUGUUAUGAUGUAUAAAUAACUUUAAUUGGCUCACAUUUUGAUUAAGGGAUAGUUCUUGCAUUAUUACUCAAGAAAAGUGCAAUGUUUUAUUUACUACAAUCUUCAAUCAUGUAAUGAGCUGAUAUAGGCAUAAUAAUUCUAGCUAAGACAGUAUAAAAUAGUUUAAGACUGUUUAAAAUCUCGAAAUCUUAUGUACAAAAUAGGAGUAUAUAUUUGUAAGCAGAACACAUAAUUAUAGAAA